AGGAUAGGAUCACUUCGUCAGGAUGUGCUGUUAGACCAAAAAACCUUGAUAUCACUCCAUGGUACCAUGAGAACUUCUCUAUAGCAAAUAGCUCGUCAGAAUGUAUGAUUCGUCCAUAUAGAAACUUGGACUCUUCAAGUCCGUGCGUUACUAAAGAAUUAAAAAUUGAGUUUAUUUCAAAAAAAGGUAAUAGUGUCGAAAGAGAAACUCCGCAAAUGCUAGAAGCAAUCGGUAUUACGCCUAGAAAGGCUUACAUGGAUUUAGUUGAUGCAAUCGCAUUGUUAGAUGAGACUUGUCCAAAUCAAGAAUUUAAUCCGUCCGAUACAAUAAAAGCAACAACAGAGGCUUCUUUGAUGCCAUAUACAGAAUGUAAAAAGAUGAAAUCAAAAAAUCAUGGUCACGAUCGACCCAAUCAACAUUCAUUUAAGAAAAAUCGUUUACAGGAUAAGAAUAAAAAUCGACCAUUAAUGAAGAAAAUUGGAAAGUCGAAAACCGAGGAAAUGCCAUUUCUAAUCAAAUUGCCGCCAAAUCUUGGUACCAUUCGUAAGCCUUGUUUCCAGAAGACUAAGUCAAGAAAAAUUAUCGAACAACAAACUACUUUGAAUAAAAUCAGUUGUUUCAAAAAAUUGAUCUUUGAUUCGAUGGAUGUUAGAAGUAAAUCUAUAGUUAAUUUAAAAGGCAUCAACGAAACAGCAGUAGCAACAACAGAAACAACAACAAUAACAGCAGCAACAACAACAACAACAACAGACAUUCAAACUAGAACCGAACAAAGUAAUCAUCAGCUAAAAAAACAAUUGAAAGAAUUGAAAAAAAGUAAGACAUUAGAAUUACCCAUUAGAAGAUAUUCCGAUAUAGGCCAAAGUUCUUCUGUGACAAUACAUUCCUUUGAAACGGAUGAUUUAGAUAGAGCUUUCUCUCAAAAGUCACCUCUCCGAGGUUAUCUAAGAGCUUCGUUAGAUAGCAUAAUCGAUACCGGAUCUUGUUCGUCGUUAGUGAAAGGUAUAAUAAGGAAUAAUUCAAAAGUUAGCCAUAUGCAACAACGAUGCAAUAGUAUAGAUACAUUAAUAAAAGAGAAAAUAACUGUAAACGAAGAAAGUGUUUCUUCUAGUAAAUACGCGUUCUUAGUAGGUUCUUCAUUCACAGAAUUAGAUAGAUGGAGUAGCUUUUCUAAGAAACAACGUGAAAUAUUAGACAAGAGGAAAUGUACGACUCAUUCGACGAUUGAAUGUAUUUGUAAAAGUUUGAAAAUAGUUGGAAGUACGCCAAAUUUAAAAGGGAGUAAUAAUAUUAAUUAUCUAAAAGAAGAAGCGUCUAACUCACAAUUAAUAAAUACAUCGAGCAAUUUAAAAGAACAGUGUCAAGAAAUAAGCACUUUGAACAAAGAGAAAAGAAGUAGUUAUUUAGAAGAUAAUAAAAUAAUUAGAAAUACAAGCUCAAAGUGUCGGAAAUGGCAAAUUUUCUUUGACCCUUUGCAAGACACGGUAGAUAUGUUUAACGAAUUACGAAAAGUAAGCAGUCUACUGAAUAUACCUUCUUGGGAGAAAUUUUCUAAAGUAGAUAAAACGUUUGUUCGAAUACCAAAACAGAUUUUUUUAAAUAAAAAAGAAACGAUGAGACGCGAACCAAGCACAAAUCUAAGCACAAAUUUAAACGAAAGGAAAAAACAAAUUUCAACAUUUUCCAAAGAAAAACAGUUAAUAGAUUCUAAAGCAAUUUCUUUAACGACUACAAAGGAUUUAACUUCUCAGACUGAAGUAGAUUCUAAAUGUUAUUUAUCGGAUAUUUUUAAUGUACCUUUACAGAAGAGGAAUGUUAAAGAACGGAAAGAGACGGGUAUGAAAAUAAAAGAAGCAACUAAGACCAAGCACAAUCAUUGUCUUGAAAUAAAGCUUGCCAAUCCUAUGUUUCCGAAAGAAAGUAGCUCUCAGAAAAUGGUACAAAUUCAGGGACGGACCAAUGAUUUUUAUGAGAUUGUAUCAUCUAAAACAGUGCCGAAUUGCGCUGAAAAACAAUUGAGAAAAGUUUCUGCCGAAGAAGAUACAAAAUUAGAGAACUUUACCCUUGGUUCUAAGGUUGACUACCAGUCAGUUAUUGAGCAAAAGCGGACCAAAUGCUUUCCUUUAUAAUGCAUGUAUGUAGAUCUAUUUGUAGAUAAUGUUCUAUAAUAAAAACACAUUGUGUUUGCAUUCAAAAUGUACAAUGCCAGGGACAGGAGCCUUACGUAUAUAGUGAAUCAUGUUUUACUUAAACUGUUUCACUACUUUUUAGCUAUACUAAGGGUAAACUAUUUAACACUUAUUUCUAAUGUUGUACAGGAGAAAACGGACAUUCGAUACGGAUUGUAUUAUUGGUUUCUACAAUAAACAUUAUGCUGCAUUCAUAAAAUUGCAUAGGAUUACGUACUUUUUGAUCGAGCCUUUGAUAAUAAUUGACACGAGCAUAAAGAAAAGAACGAUCCCUUGAACACUGUCAACAAUGAAAGUGGUACAAUGUUAAAAUCUAUACAAAAAAACCUAUGUCUGAUAUAUAUAUAUAUAUAUAGAUAUAUAUACUUGUAUUGUUUAGUCAACUAUUCUUCAGGUGCCUUGCCUUGUAUGUAUAUAUAUAUAUAUAUCUUUUUAACAAUAAAUCAUUUUUUCAUUUCUUUUCGAAACUAUGUAUAAGUAUAGCUAAUUAUUUAGAAUAACAAUUAGCUUUUCGUGUGUCACUUUCAUCAAGGCAAGGAUUUGGAUCAUUUUUCUAUAAUGCUUAUACAAAGUCGAAACAUAUUUCUAAAAUGUUGGUCUAAAUUAUACAGUUUAUCUUUUGUUAUUGGAACAAAAGCCACAGACCAACAAAAUAUUGAACAAUUCAAAUUUGACAAGAUUAUUAACAGUUAAAAAGGGGAAUUUUUAGGACUUGAAUAAAAUGUGUUUAUAGAAUGUAGCUUAAGUGUUUAUAAAAUUGUUAGAAAAAUAUUAUUGUAACAGAAAUGAAAUAUUGUUCUGUAAAUAUAUCGAUGGAAAGUAAAUAAGAUCAUUGUUGAUAGAAAUAA